CAAAUAGGUAUUUAUUCAAGUUACUGUACCCUUGACAUUGUAGUUAUAGUCUUGUUGUUAUUAACAAUGUCGUACCGAAAGCCACAAAAUAUUCGCGAUAUAACAAAAAUUUUAAGUAAACUGAGAGAUUGGCUAUUGAGUGUAAGUGUAAUUAAUUCGUUGUGUGUGCAACCCCAGCUUUCUUUGAUUAUUUUAAGCAAUAAGUUUUAGUUGUAGAGCCUAGUUCUAAUAAAUUCUAGGCAAUCCUCCAAAGUCCGGUCCCAAAUUAUUUCGUAUGAAAAAAAUUGCAAUGCACAGUGUCUAUUGUUAGAAAACAGCAGAAAUGUCAAUCAUAGCUUUUGCAAAUAACUGUCACUUUAAAAACCAGUCAGUAAACACUAAAUAUUGUAAUUGGCACAUAACAUUUGGAAAUAAGAGCCGAAAACGUUCUGCUUGUGACUGUUGCACCACUGAAGGCUCCAAGUAGCUGGCAAACAGACCGCAACUAGUACCAAACUGAUAGUGAAGUUUACGUUUCUCGCUUGCAUCCAAAGUCCUUCAAUAAUUUAUGUGUGAAUGUCCUGGUCUUCUGGAUCAACAAAUUCAAUCACAUGCACAAUGACAGCGUGAGCAUAAAUCCCGUUGUUGAGCUGAGCGACAUUUUGAUAUCCUCGCCAAGCGUCCAUGACGAUAGCUGUCCCUGGUAACACAUGAUUAGUGAUAAUGCGCUCGAGUGUUUGUGCAUCUCAGCGGCCGACAACCUCCAUCCAACAUCGUCCACUGCCGCAAACAUGAAUUUCAAAACAGAAUGAUGCCCAAGACUUUUAAGUAAGGAGUAAUAAUUGGAAAUAAUUUGGGACAGGAUUUCGGAGGAUUGCCCAAUUCUACUUCCUUUUGUAGUAAUUUUAAGUAAUUUAAUUAAUUAGCUACUAAUUUGUAUUUAGUUAGUGCGAGUACUCCUAGUAGGAUUACUGCCUAGUACUAUUACUCACUACCAUUGCAGCCUACUCAGCUGUCACUUAGAAAAAUAGAACUAUUGAAAGAAUAAAUUAAAAACUUAUGUUUUAGAAAAUGAAAAUCUCUUGAGCCACAUCAUUGACUCCAUUGAGAUUUUGUCUAAAUUUUUUAAACUUUAAAUAUCAUCACUUUUUUGUUUUGUAUUGUGUGAUGAAGAAGGCAUCAAGCUGUUGCCAAAACGACAGUUUAAUUGUCCUGUCUUUUCUUUUUAAGUCUAAACAUACCUUGCUCUGCUAUUUAUUUAGAUUUAGAUGUUUCUUACUAGUCAAGUUUAAUACUGUAUGUAGUUGUAGUGGAGUAGAUUUAGGCAUAGGUCCUAGUCCUCUUAGUGCAGUGUUUCCCAAACUUUUAAGUUUCACGGACUGGUGCACAAGUUUCGAAACUGCACCAGGGACCGUUGCCAGAUUUAAUAAUUACAUUUUCUUUCUAUUUAUACAUCAAUAUUCAUGCUCUCUGGACCUGUAACGUAAGGCUCAUGGACCGGUGCCGGUCCACAGACCACCAUUUGGAGAACGCUGCUCUUGUGAAUGGAGUUGGACUAAUCAGGAUGAUAAUGCCUACAUCAUAGAAGACAGAAGUAGGCUAAUUAUAGUCAGGAUAGUGCCCCUAGUCAUUGGGCCAAUGAAGAAUUUGUAAAAGGGGAUGUCACAAAUUAAUGAUGAUAUUGAUAUCUGAGGAGGGUGAAGAUUAUAAAGUAACUAAAGCAAGUGACACUUGGACCCUAACAAACACAGAAGAAAACAUAUUAAAAACAUUGUAUUGAAAAGUUCUCAGGAAAAUAUAUGACUCAACAAAGGAGGAAUAUGGAUGGAGAAUAUGAACCAAUCAGGAAUGGUAUAGACUAUAUCAGAAUCCCAUGCUAGUACUAGAAAUUAAAAAAAGGGCAGGGUACACUUGGUGGGACAUUUAGAAAGAAUGCUAAAUGACCGAGGAGUGAAGAGUGUGCACCACCAAAAUCCUAGAGGAAAACUGCUCACUGGCAGACAUAUGCUUAAAUGGAUAGACAUGUAGAAAAAGAUCUACAGCAAAUGGGAAUCCUAACAUAAAAAAGAUAAGCAUCAGAUCUGAGUGGAAGGAAGUGGUGAGGCAGGCCAAAGCCUUACAUGUAGCACCACAGGGAUGGAUGGAAGAUUAUGAAAUAUGAGUGGUUUAUGUUAUUAAAAAUUACUAGACUAUAAAUAGCUCAUAAUUUCAUUUGGCAUUAAAUGUUUAAUUAAUGUUUAAAGGUGGACCUUUGUGAACACUAAAAUAAAAAUCUCACAAAAACACAAAAGAGUUCUCUUUACGAUUCUAUAUAGAUUAUGAAUAGAACCUAAAAGCAUUGCACUAAGUGACUAGGUACAUCUUGAAAUAAUUCUAUGAUAAUUCCAAUAUUAUUUGAAAUCUCAGAUAAGAUUUCGUAUUCUUAUCGUAAUUUUUAAUUUUGUUUCUGCAGCAUGAUGAGUUUAGAACUGCUCAUAGGUAUGAGGGCUACUUAGCAAAAAGGUAUGAUAUCUCUGUAGGCCAAUUGUUUUUUUAGUGUAAUUCUAUAUAUUUAUAAAUCCUAGCAGUUCUUUUGUGGAAUAAAACUUAAAACAAUGCAUGUUAUUUAAUCAUCGUUGUAGUGAAAAAUUUUGUUUCUGAUAUAUGCAACUCUCAUUUACUUUUAAUAAAAAAUUUUUUUUUAGAACUCAGCCCCCACCUAGACUACCACCAGGUGUUUCUGAUAAACUGUCUAACAACUAUUACUACACAAGAGAUGGGCGUCGUGAAGUUCAGCCACCUAACAAUAUUUAUGAUGCAACUCAAAAGCAGUUAGCAACAGGGUAUGUUCAGUGAUGUUCAAUUUCCACUAAUAAAAUCCUAUAUGAUAAAGUUGAACCUUAUCCAUUUCAUCCAUCCAUUGUCAAUAGGGCUUGUCAUUUAAUGGCGGAAAUCUAUUAAUAGAACUGAUGUCAUUAUUACUCAUCAUCCGGGUACUCAGCGCGGACAAAAUGUCAACACUGUUCAGUAUUACUAUGUUAGCGAAGUGUCCUUGAAAUUUGUUUACAACUCUAUUUUACGAAAUAUUUUACAUAUUUUUUUUUACUUCUAUUUUCUGAAAUGCGACUUCAUUGCUUGAACGGCAAAUGUAACAGUAACUCGAGAUACAAGGAUCGUCCGAACGAUAUGCUGAAACACACUAUAAGCUGCCAUGUUUUAAGCAAUAUUUGUCCGCUGACCUUCUAAAAAUAGUACCCUAUGACGUUUUCCGGUCUAAGAAAUGACAAAGCCUAUUGCUAAAGUAACAAAAUUCCAAUAGGAAUUAAACUGAUCUUAAAUUUUUCACCAGAGUGUUUAUGAAUGCUGGUGUUGCCCUUAAUAGUUAGUAAUCUACAUAAAAAGCUAAUAAAAUAACAGGGUCAAGGGAGCAACUAUUGCCUUCAACACCAACUGUUAUCUGAUUCCCACAUAAUAUGACAAUGCAGUUAUUAGUGCUUUUUUAAUAAUAAUUCAUGAGCAAGUUAUUUGAUUGUUUGGGGUUUGAAUUUAUAAAAUAAUUCAGGAAUUAUUCUUCAAAUUUUAAACAUUACGACAUGUCUUUAAUUUACUGGCAGAUACUUUUAUUUAAUUUAUUUCCAGAAAUAGGAUUUGGAUAAGACAAGUAUCUUAUUUCUAGAGUUUAAUGUCUGAUAUCCAAUAUCUUUGAACUUUAUGUUUCAGAGCUGCUCUCCCUUCUGUUUCAAAGCCAGUUGUCCCAGGAAUACCUUUCAACUGGAAAACUGGACAAUUUGAUCAGCUCACAAAAUAAGGACUUAUUUAAUGAUUUAUUUUUUUUCUUCUUUUUAUUUCUGUUGGGUAAAGAAAACAAAGUAUGUCAGAUAGAAAAAUGUUUAACUUUUAGAAACGUUAGCUUGUAAAUAGUGAUUUAUUUUAAAAAAAAUUAUGUGUUGUGUCAGGCAAGAUUAAAUAAAUUAAAAUGAAACACAAAUUUAAAAAGAUUUUCUUUUUAUAUUGAUUUUAUUAAGUAAAAUGAAUUCUAAUUAUUAAUAAAUAAUUCAACUGGUAUUAUUUAAUUUGAGAACAUUAAAAUUGUAAGAAUAAGUCUGUGCAUAUUAUCAUUUUGCUAAUACCAUAUGGGUUAUCUAUUAAUUAUCUAACGUGUAAUGUGCCAUAACAAAAUUACUCUGUUUGGGAAACAGCUACAAACAUUACCAUAUUAACAUUUCAACUUUGAGCCAAUAAAUAUAGUUACUGAGUCUAUUUUAUCUGGGUUAUUUUUGUGAUCCAGAACAGGAAUCACUUUUAUGAGAAAAAUUUAAAGUACAAUCAAAAUACAUAAUUCUCCAUGUAACAAUGUAACUAUCAGAUGGUGCUGAUUUCACUAAAUAAAAUUCCCUGUAACUGCACUGGAUGCUUAAAAAUAUCACAAGUGCGUUUGGUGAGUAAUAUUUUUUUUUAGGAAUCUGCAGUGUUAAAGGGGUUGGGACAUUAGAAUAUUAAUACAGUGCAGUAGCGUAAUUAGCUCUAACGGAAUAUUAUAAAUGUGUUACUUGAAUGCAUGUUUUGUCAAGUAACUUCAGUUGAUGGGAAGUUGAACCACUGCGGCCGCCAAAAGCUAGUUUCUAAAUAUUUCAGGGAGAAAUCAAUUUCAUGCAGCUUUCAAAUUAAAAUACCAGCUCAGUGCAUGGACCACAAUCUUAAGGGAUUAACAGCAUGUAACAAGAAUAUUUUUUGUAUGGGGCUGACACAUCACCUUACACACUCACUGUUAGUAAUUUAAAAAAUAGAAAGCUGCCAAGAUAAAAGUAGUCACACCAAAUGCUCCUAAUUAAUCAAGCUUUAUUUAUAUCAUUAAGAGAGUUGGUUUUUUUUUUAUAAUUAUAACUCAAUUUUACAUUCAAAUUCA